AUGCGCUCUCAGGGUCUUGUGGCCCUCUUGUUCUUUCUUGUCUCAGUAAAUGAAGCCAAAGUGUUUCAGAGAUGUGAACUAAUGGGGCUUCUGCAAAAAGCAGGCAUGGAAGGAUAUUAUGGAAGCACCAUAGGGGAUUGGAUUUGUUUGACUUUUUAUGAAAGCAGGUUCAACACGAGGUCUUUGGGGGGACGUAACCCCGAUGGUGGCAGAAACUACGGGCUUUUUCAGAUAAACAGCCAUUGGUGGUGCAGCACUAAGAAGGGCAGGAAAACAAAUGGGUGCCAUGCUUACUGUGGUGAUUUCUUGGAUGAUGAUAUCAAGGAUGAUAUUGAGUGUGUUAAGGUAAUUGCCCGUCAGCCGAGCAGGUUGAACGCCUGGUGA